GUGAGUUUUAGGUUGCUAUGGCUGUGUUCAUAUUAUGGCUUCACUGUCUGCAUGUUGCACUGACUUUUCUCCUCCUGCAAGUGUGUGAUUGUUCUCAGGUGGAACCAAAUCUUUGUGACUCAAGUUGUGCUGGAUUUCCUACCCCUGAUCUAUCCUUUCAGAGAGGGGUGAGGUAUACUUACAGAUAUAGCACAACAAUUACCACCACCCUUUAUGGCUCUAAUGCUGGCAGGAAUGGACUGGCUUUGGACUGUGUGGUUGAUAUCGAUGUGGUCUCCAAGUGUCACCUUAUGAUGCAGAUUAGGAAUCCACAGAUUAAGAGGCUUUCCCCUCAGAAGGAGCACUCUGUGCAGCGCUUAAAAAGUCUGAGGGAGUCACUGGAGAGGACGCGCCUCAAGUUCUCCCUCCAGGGGGGAAAGGUCACGGCUCUGUGUCUCCAGGAAGGGGAGCAGGUGUGGGCCCUAAACAUUAAAAGAGCUAUACUGAGCAUGCUCCAGACCUCCCACAUGUCUCCCAAACAGGAGUUAAGAAAGGAGACAGACGUGUACGGGAUGUGCACCAGCAGGUAUGAGAGGCGAGGCCCUGUCCUGCUGAAGACCAGGGAUCUAAAACAGUGUCAUGAGUCCAGGAUGGCAAACCUCUGGCCUCAUUCUGUAGCUUUGACUGAAGAUACAUCAGUGCAGUCCGAACUGCAUUGUGUUCAGCGACAUGGAUCUACUGUGAUGGAGGAGGUCAACUGUACGGAAGCCUCUUCCAUGGCACUGUGGUCCAGUAAUGCAGGGUUGGUGAGGACAAAGACGGUGUCAAUGCUCCUUCUGCUCAGAGCCCAGCCAGGAUCUCCUUCAGGAGCAGAUUCUUUGAGUCAUAGUGUGCAAACACACCUGAUGUUUGAGGAGGAGGGAAGAGCACAACCAGGAAAAUCCAGGUUGUCAACCCCACAACAAGCCCGUCAGACUCUCAGGAUGUUAUGUAGCCUCACCUCAAACCCACAACAGGUGUCACAGGAGUUCCUGCACCUGGCUUUUCUACUGAAACAUCUGACUCUCCCUCAACUCAAGACUCUCUGGGAAGAAGCAUCUUUCAAGUGUCGCAACGACUGGCAGCCAUUGUUAGAGGCAUUACCAGUGUGUGGCUCUGAAAACUGCAUCGUGCUACUGACUGACCUAAUGAGAAACAGAGAGCUGGAGGAGGAACAGGCUCACACCUUCCUCACCACCAUCACCCUCAUCCCUCAUCCGUCCCCAAAGACCAUCAACUCCAUCAAUACCUUACUCGAGGUCCCAGAGUUGUGGACCAAAGCCUUGUUGGCUGGAUCGUCUUUGGUCCAUCAGCUGUGCCACAAGUCCCGAAUCUCCUGCAGUGAACUCCCCCCUGUACAGACCCUCAUGCAGACACUAGAGGAAACACUCAGGGAAGGCUGCGAGGGAAGAGAACACGCUCGAGUUUUGUAUGCACUGAAGGCAGUGGGAAACACUGGUCUGUCUGCUCCAGCCUUAACUCCCCUGCUGAAGCGCUGUGCACUCACUCACUCAACAGCACUUGAGCUGAGACUUGCUGCCAUUCAAGCCUUCAGACGUUUUCCCUGCUCAGCCGAUCGCUCUGUGCUGUUGCAGCUGUACCGCUCCUCCCAGGAGGAUCCUGAGGUCAGGAUUGCUGCAUACCUGCAGCUCAUGCACUGCCCUGACCACAAUGUUUUUGAAGUAGUGAAGACGACACUGAGAAAGGAGACCUCCAGCCAAGUCGGCGCGUUUGUGUGGAGUCACCUGACAAAUGUCCUGAGGAGCGAGGACCCCAUGAAGCAGCCCCUAAUCGAGUCCCUUCCUGAUGACAUCAUCAGCAGAGACUUCGAAGCAGAGUUUUUAAAGUAUUCCUCAUAUUCAGACAACACUGUUGCCUCAGGCAUAGGAAUUACGAAUAUUGAAACAUCGUUGAUUUUUUCUUCCAAGUCGUUUAUACCGAGAUCUGCCACCGUCAACCUCACGGUGUAUUUCCACGGUCGUGCCCACAACCUUUUGGAACUGGACUUUCACAUUGAAAACGCAGAACCACUUCUGAAGAACAUUUUCGGUCACCACUCACAAAACCCAGGCGGAGAAACCAACGCUUACAGGACAAGGAGAAAAACAGAUGAGAGCCACAAAGAAGCAAAAGAAAAGUGUUUAUCCAGCACCAGCAGUUAUCUGAACCAGGCCAGGGCCAUGUUGUUUGGGAGAAGGAAAACUGUGGAAGACCGGCCUAAGUGCUGGGUCGGUGUGAAGGUGUUUGGGAAUGAGCUCAGUGUGUUCACAUGUGAAGAUCUUUACAAUCAAAUCAACCAGCUGUCACUGAGUUUAGCUGGACUGGUUGUCAAACUGCUCAAGGGUCACGAGGUCGACUUGAACCACAGAGCGGUGCUGAUGACAGAGGAGCUGCUUUUACCAUCACUCUCUGGUUUGCCCCUCAAACUGGGCAUCAAUAUGACCUCCCUCCUCUCACUGCGUCUGAAGGGCAACGUCAACUACAGGGACACGUCUCACUUCUCCCUGACGGGAUAUAUCAAACCUAAUGCCUACGUGGGGCUGUCAGUCAGGAUGGGUGUGGACAGCGUCCUUGGUCAGGCUGCAGUGGACUGGGUCUCUGAGCUGAGGAGCUCCACCAGUCUGGAUGGCAGUGUUCAGCUGCAGGAGGGGCGAGAUGUCAGGGUCAUGCUUAACACACCUGAGGACGUCAUGAACAUCAUCUCUCUCAGCUCCACAGUGUUUCAGCUCAGCGGAGACCACAGAGAUGAGAUAAAGGGGCCAAAGAGUCGAAUCCAGAAGACCACGUGCUCACCAAAGACCUGGUCUAAGAUAGUCGGCUGGCAGCUGUGCUCCAAUGCAUCAUAUCCAUUCCCUGCUGCGGGGAGUUUAUUCCCUGUGGUUGGACCCAUCCAUCUCUCUGUCAAACUGCUGAAGCUGGACAGAGGACUUCAUUACUACCUGUUGGAAGCUGCUUACUCACUGCUCCCUCAGAGAGGCACCUGGUUUCCCAGAGAGGCCUCCAUCCACCUCCUCCUGGCCAGUCCUCAGUCCUCCGUCUCCAGAGACAUGUCUCUGGACCUUGCCUUUAACCCACAGAGCCUGCUGCUGAGGAUCACACAUCCUCUGAAAACCAUCCACAUGCAAGGGCAACUUGAAAAAGAGAGCAGUAAAAAAUCAGGAAAGCUGGAGCUGAUCAUUGAUGGCGUCCAUUACUAUAUUAUGGGUUUGGUUGACACUCAGACCCUCAUGUCCGAGCAGAGGACACGUUACCAUCUUGAGGCCAAGAUGGCCGGUGAUGGACAUCCCUUAAUCCUCUCUGCUAAUGUUACUCGUGGAUUGGGUCGGAAGAUGAGUCUGUCUGCUUCAGUGAAGAAUGUGUUCAGGGAAACUGCAUCAUUGUCUGUGUCUCUGGAGCGCAGGCGUGACGGCAGCAGCAGGCAGUACUCUGUGGAGAUGGAGUUCUUGUUACCUGGUGUGGUCAGCAGCAGGAUGCUGGGACUGAUGGAGCAGAAGGGCUCACUGUGGAGCUCUGCGCUCAGGCUCAAGUAUGGUCUUGGAGUAGAUGCCCGACACCUGCGUCAGGAGUGCUACGCAUCUCAGAGGCUGAAGAGUGAGAGAGACUCAAACUCCACCUACAUCAUGAGAGCAGAUCAUGAAUUCUUUUGCUCCAGCACUGCUCCUAUCAACCACAAAAUUCAGCUAAGGCAUGAGGAGAGCCCCAGACACAUUAAUUCAGCCUUGCACAUGAGCUAUGGCAAACACUGGGAUGAGAUUAACAACAAAUGUACAGUCCUUCUGAGCCAGUCCUUCAAAAACCAGUCCACACAGAACCACACCAGCUACACUUUGGAGUUCAGCCUCAAGGUGCCAGAGAAAAAUUUAAUCUACAGGACCCAGCUUCUGCACUCGCACAUCAGACAUGUUGGGUCUGAGAGCAGCUCUCACUUAAAAAUCAACUACAACAAUCUGACGCCGCUGGUUGCUGGGCUGCACUGGAAAAGCCCUCCCAAAGAUGGUGUGCAUAAAAAGUGGGAAGGCACAUUUAACAUGGACACGCCAUGGCUGUACAUCUACACCACCCACAAGCUUAGCCGCCCUCAGCGCCACACACUCCAGCUCACAUCGGAGCUAACUGCCAGCAAGUGGCUGACGAUCCGUAACCUCAUCCUGGAGGCUUUCUACAGGGACAGAGGCAGAGGGAGGGAGGCUCGUCUACAGCUCUACACACCAGCUGUCACCUACCUUCAGGCAGAAGGAUGGGGUGUGGUGGGGAAGCGAAGUGUGAAGGCCUCCUGCUCAUUGAGCUCAUUGUGGACUCCUCCCCUGGGAGGAGAAGUUUCUCUGGAGGCCUCUAAACUCAGCCAGUCCCUGCAGAUGGCCUCUUCCUACGCCCAGCACAACAUCAGCCUCGCUGCUGUGCUCAAUACUGUAGACAAGAAUUUGAAAAAGAGGCAAGCAUUGGUGAAGAUGACUUUCUCAAGUCCUAAGAGUCCGUCCACAGAGCUGGAGUUUGAGGGCACGGUGGAGGAGCUGAGGAAGGACAAGAGGAUGCAUCAGAAAACAGCAGUUCUUCAUCUGAGACAGCCCUUCCAGACCUUUCCGCAGACGCUCCUCCUCAGAGAGACUUUCACUGUUGAUCUCCUCAAAGGCCUCUACAUCCUGGACUCUAAAGUCUCUCUCCCUGGCAACAGAGAGGUCAUCCACACCCUUACUUUGGGCUACCAACCACCAAGUCCUUUUGCUUGCUCUGCAUUGGUCCAUCCUUUCAUUUCUGACACGAUUCCAUCCAACUCAGAAUUCUGUGUGACCAUAACCAGUAACAAGACGCAGAAGAAUGUUCACGGGAGGUUGCGGGUCGGCAGGAAGGACAGACUGAGUUUCUUUGGACACAUUUAUUCAAACCAUCAAGUUCUAAAUAUCAGAGGCAACUUUACACAACAGCUACAGCUGCAGCUCCCCUCCUUUGCUAUAAUGGAGGGAGAUGUAUGUUGGAACCCAGGAAACAACACUGACUUUGAUUAUCAGGCCAGAGGCAAACUGAGAAUAGAGCGACAGGAGUGCAGAAUCUCUGUACAGUUAAACGGAACAUCGGACAGAGUGGGACUAUAUUCAUCUCUCAGUCACCCCUUCAAGUCAAAGAUUCCCAAAACACUAGAGGUUAAGGCCACUGCAGACACAGUGGCUGGUGAAGGAAGAAGUGUGGUGCAUGUGAAGGCUGACGGGAAGGACAGGGUCAAGCUGCAUGCACAAAUGUCUCAUUCCCAUCGCAGGGAGCACAGAGCCGUUGGGCUGAGGAUGAAUUUAUCCCAAAACCUUCUGCCUACAGCCACUGAGCUGAGUAUAAACAUGGACACCAACAUUUCCUCAGACAGCGCGUCUUUGCGCGGCUCUUAUACACAGGGGAAGGAGCGUCUGCUUGUCCAGAUUAAUGGAUCUGUAGAAAACACCCACGGUCGGCAGCUGGCUGUGUCAGGGGACUUGGGGCACUCGAUGGCCAACCUUCAGAUUCUUCCUCCAGCCCUGGCGUUGCAUGGGGCACUGGGACAGUCUGACACGCUCAUAGAAGGACACCUGAGAGUCAAAGUAAUGGAGACCUUGUACAGUGUGGAGCUCAGACAUGAGGAGGAUCAUGCAGAGGCUUUGUACAGUGACAACAAAGAAGUCAUGGGAAAAAUAUCCAGCAGGGCCUAUGAUUGGCUCUGUGUUCACCUGGGGGAGGAACACCUGCUCGUGAAUGUGAGCCACCGACUCGGAAAUCAUGGACGGGGUGAGGUCUACACCCAGCUUUCUCACUCUUUCCACCUGCUUAAUCUCACAGGUUUACCCGCUAACAUUAGUGGUCAGGUCAGGUGGGCUCAGGAUAGACGUCAGCUGUCACUUUUGGCAGAUCUGCAAGCUGGACCUGAAUAUCUAAAGGCUCAACUUGAUGGUGGCAAAACAGACCAUCUUAUUCCAGGAUGGGAGUACUCCUGUGGGCUGCAGCAUCAAGUCAAAGCUCUGCUCAAAAGAGGCCUUUCAAGCUCCAUGCAAGCCAAGGCACAUCACCAGCUUAAAACCGGGGGAAUAGAUACUGGUUUGAUCUUUCACAUGGAUGAUCAGAGAACGGCUGAUAUAGCUUUCAACGUUGGAUCAAAAAACAGCACUGCUACAGUGGCCGUGUCUCUAUGGCAACAGAUGAAAGUUUUCCAAGGCGUCAUACCCACCUCUUUACAGAUGAACUGCACAGGGGACGCCACUGCAGAGCGACUAUCAGCCCAGUGCUAUGGCAAUGUGGAAGGCCGCCCUGUGGAGUCUCUUGUGUCCAGACAUACCUCGGCCAACGUGUCCAUUGUCCGCUCUGGCUGCUCCACAAAUCUCAGUACCAUUCUCCAGGUUGAGGAUGAACAGAUAGGAAGUCUUAUUCUGCACCUAACUUGUCUCACUGGUCUAAGUCUAAAAGCGUCUGUCCAGCAUUCUAUAAAAGCAUUGCAGACUCUGGGAUUUCCCUCUUUUGGAUCUCUAACUCUGAAUGCUUCAUCUGCACAUUUGCCUGGUGUGGAUGUUGCCCUUGAACUGGGACGCUGUUAUUUCAGGAGUAAAUUAGCCAAAGAGACCAAAGAAAGUGACGAGCACGAGUCUCUUUAUCUUGUUAAUGUGACACACGUCUGUCCUGCUCUACAGGGAACGGUCCUGCCAGUGUCCCUGGCUCUUCAGGGUCUCCUGUCUGUGUCCACCUGCCAGCUGAUGGUGACUUCCUCUCUGAAUGUAGACCACCGUGACCUCACCCUGGACUUGGCGCAGUCCUGCAGGCCUUGGCAUCUCUCUGGAAACCUUGCACACUCCUUCCCUGAGCUCAGGAGUCGAGGUCUGCCACACGUCAUCUCCAUCGAGGCCACGGCUCCUGCAGGCCCCGGGCAGAGUGGCCAGACUGUGCUGAUCAAAGCUGGGACUUGUCAUAUUAGAGCCAGUCGAGUCACGGAGGCCAAAGGAGGGCCACAGUGGCUCUGGGCUCUGGAUUCAAAGUGCCCAUUGUUACAGGCGCAGGUGAAUGGGUCAUUGUUGCAGGACUCUGAGGGCAUCUGGACAACCGUGCUGGACACUGAUCUGGAGGGCAGAAGGGGUUUCCUUAGGCUGAAGGCAAGGCCAUGGCCAGAGCUGAGUGUUGAGUGUCAGCUCCGUCACAACCUUCCUGCUCUCAGGGGUUUACCUGAGCACAGCAGACUGAGCGUGACCGGCAGGGCUGGAAAGCAACGAUACAACACAGACGCCGUCCUUCAGAUGGACGGCUGUGCUGUUAGUGUCAGUGGAGCGGUGAUGUCAUAUUCUGGCCUGCAGGGGUCAGUGUUGUAUCACAACAACUGCACACUGAUUCAGGCGUGGAGUAGUCCUCACAGGAUUCAUGCUUCUGGGCUGUUGGUCGUAUCCCCAACUUUUGCUGAAUCUCAGGUUUCCGUGGCGAUAGAUGAAGCGGAGUUACAGACUACACUGGCUCUUAAGAAAACAAAGGAUAAAAAUGAAGCAUCGCUGCAUCUAAACCACACUGUGCCUGUAUUGAAGAAGCUUGGUCUACCUACAAAUGCCACAGUGACACUGAAUUGUGGGAGUUCCAGCAAUGGCUCUUUCUUUUACAUGUUCAACAGCAGUGCAGGGAAUCAAAAUAUAAUCCAAGAGAUGAUGGUGUCAAAGACGCACCAAACAGUCGGCGUGCAAACUCGUUUCAGACACACAGUGAACUACCUGAAGAAACUGGGAGUUCCUGGAAACAAUAGCAUUCAGGUAGAGCUGGGUUCUCUUGAGGGAAAGGCCUUCACCAUACAGUCUCACUUUGGGGACCAGCAGGCAGGACUCAGGCUGAAGAUGAAAUGUUUCCCCAUGACCAAAGAGAUAAGUGGAGGCAUUUGGCACAGCUGCUCAUGGCUGCAGCACAGAGGACUACCACUCACCGUAGAGGGUUUCUCUUCCAUCCAGGGAGUGUUUCCCCAGUUUCAGUCCAGGGCUCAGCUCAUUGUGGACCGAUACAAGCUGCUCACCUCUGGAUUUAAUGUCAGUGUCAGCGAUGGACGCCUGGCCCUGCAGCUCUCCUACUCUCCACUAGUUUCAAAUCACACAAGGGCACCAUUCAGUCUGGGCACUGCACUGGUUGCUCAGUUCAAAGGUCCUCUGCGCAGCGUCACAGUAGACGUUCACUGUCAAGACUGGAGAGUGCAAGUGGUCGGUGAUGUAGGAGGCUGGAGGGCACAUGGAGGGUCAAAGGAGGCCAGAGUUACACUCAGACAUACUGUGCAGGGACAAGUCAGUCCUGCUCUACAGCUGGAAGCCUGGGGAAGACUGACUGAGUCACAGCUCAGGUGUUCUAUGGUUGUGAACCCUGAAUGCAGCUCAUCGCUUGCACUCAUCAUCCAGGGACACCAUCUGCCUCAUAGCAAGGACCUGAUGGUGAAGGUUGUCCAGAAUAUCCCAAAGAUGAUGGUGUACCUGCCCUCUCAGCUCAACGUCCGCUCUCAGCUGAACCAGUCUCAGUCCAGUGUGUCGGGUUUGUUGGAGGUGCUGUCAGGGAGGAGGAGGCUGUGGGCUCUGGGUGAACUGGCAGUUAUUGAGAGUGGAUACAGGCAGGCACUGGAUCUCAAACAUUCAUACCCACAGCUAAAGCCACUCCCCAGGUCUGUAGCUGUGAGGACAGUGUAUGAAACCAGGAACUGGAGCUACCAAGUUCAACAUGGAGCUGUGUGGGGCAAUCAGGAGUUUAGCCUGUCUGCUCUGUACUCUGCUCCUCCAGCCCUGGAGAUGGGAAACCAUACACUGAAGGUUCAUAUCAAAUGCAUUCCUCGGUGGACUAGCCUGGAGGCGACAAUGGAGCACUCUUUACAGGGCAGACUAGACAGUGUGUCACUGGUCUGGAUGAGACAUGGGCGACUGGAGCAGGUCAGAGCGCUCAGCUCUUGGAGUCAGUCAGAGAAGAUCAAUGAGACCAGACUUGAGCUGGAACAGCCGUUCUCCCUCACACUGAGUCAGCUGUUCCUUCACACCGUGUCCCGCAGCUCGCAGAGUCAACAGCGCAGCAGCCACCAGACACAUCUGUCAUGGAACAGUACCGUCCCUGUCAAUGUUUCGCUCAGCCUGAACAAACAGUGGCAGACCAACUCCAGCAGGGGUCAGGCAUGUGCCAUGUUCUCAACACAACAGAUGGUGGCGUCUUCUGUUAAAGGCUGCAUGUCAGUCGGUCUGGAGGGAAACUCAUAUUCACAAAAUGCGGAGCUAAGAUGGAACAACAGGAGUGUCAAACAAGGCAUGAAGUACCAGAAGGGACCUCGGGGAAUCCACACCCUGCAGGUCAAUGUUGUGUUGGAUAAAGUGUCUCCCGCACCUUGUCCUUCACACACACUGCUGGCCAAAGUCCAAACCAACCUCAGGGAUCGUGUGGAACACACAAUGCUCCUGGGCCUCUGCCCCCCACAGCCCACUCUUUCAUGGUCAGGAACCCACAGAGUGAUCUCAGGAGAUGAGCUGUUAUACACACAGUCUCGUCUCUCUGUGACAGGACACCCCGACCAAUGUAGCCUCACCCUUGCCUUCAUCAACUCCUCCUCCUCUCAGGUCACCAACAUGACUCUUUUCUCUGAGUCUAGGAUCGGUAACUGGAGUGUGGAAGUGGGGGCCAGUGCCCUGUCCUGGCCUCGGAGUUCUGGUCUCCAGCUGCAGGCCAGACUAGACCACACAGAGAAGAUCUGGCUGAAUGGGACAAUAGAGGGACGAUGUCUUCACACCACAGCUGGUUAUAUGAAUGGUCCAGGCCUUUUUGAAGACCUCACGCUGAUGGCAUGUGUAGGGACAAAUCACAGUUUGAUGGUUGAUGUCGAAAAAAGAGACAGCGGCAGUAAAUCUGUGAGUCUGGGCCGUGUGUCUGUGGGAACGCUCGAUCAGAGGCUGAUGCUGAGAGCCAGUGGCUGUUUGGAGAGUCUGACUUCAGCUGAGGCACGGAUUCAGUAUCUGAGCUCUCGAAUGUGGAAGAAAGUGUUAGAAAGAAUCAAGACAUUACAGCAUCUCCUCAUUGAAUUCAGGCGGCAGUCCAGAGACAGCAAGUUGCUCCAGGAGCUGAGCGCUGUGUCCCUCCAUGUUUCCCAGCGAGCUGAGGCUCUGCUCGGUCAUAGAGACAGAGGUUUGUUGCCUCUGUGGCAGAACAGCCGCCUCAGGCGCACGCUGACUGAAAGCUUGCCUCGCUUUCUGAGUCUGCUGCAGGACGCCUCGCUGCUCGGACAACAGGAACUGAGAAGACCACUGGCCACUCUGGCAGCUGUGUACCACGAUGUGAAUGGCCAUCGACUGGACACAGUGUGGAGGGAGACUGUGCUGCUGUGGACUGACCGGCUGGUGGAGGUCUUACAUGGUCUAUUGGGAAAACCUCACCUGAGCCCACUUGUCCAGGCCGGCAUCACCACCUUUGUUGUUGCCCUGGAUGCAGCAGGACAGCAUACCUACCACUGGACGGAGACCAGGUUGGCCACAGCUCUGUCUGGACUCAGGAAACGAUUGGCCUCUGUCUACAAAUUCUCCCCCAGUGGCUGCUCAGUGACUGUGUCUGUGCCGCUGUCGCCACUCCACCAGUCAAAGUUGGCCAAGGCAGGACUGGUGGAGAUCCUCCUGGAGGAGUGGCUCCUGAGGCCGCUGCAGACCCUCGUCUCCAUCAGACCCGGUGCUGAACUCAACCGCCUCAAGAGGAAGCUCAUGGACAGCCCGUUUAAACAUGAAGCUCUGCUGGUGGCAGAUCAGUUCGUGGUGACAUUCGAUGGUCACCUGUAUGAGCUGCCGGGCUCGUGUCCACUGCUCCUCGCCCAGGACGUCAGCACUGACCCUUCAUUCACGCUGCUGCUGCGCUCCGACGCGCAGAGCCUCCUCCUGGUAGAAAUGAACAACGACACCAUUCACAUUCAGCAGAGUGGACAGGUGAGGACCAACUGCAACCAAACUGUGACACACAUGUUCCACAGUGACAGUGGAGUCGCUGUCAGGAGAGCGUCAAACAUUGUGCAGGUGACCAAUCAGAACGGGGUGUCGGUGUCAUGUGACCGAUCACUCGACUUGUGCAGCUUCACUUUGGAUGGAUGGCUACAUGGUGCGUCUACUGGUCUGUUAGGGAUCAACGACAAUGAAGCAGGGAACGAUUUUCCUCUGCCUGACGGCUCUCAAGCAGAAAACAUGGACAGUUUUUUCUUCAACUGGCAGAUGACACAGGAGUGUAUCAGACCACCAGCUACAGCAGCCUGGAGCCCUGUGAGCUGUGACUUUCUGUUUUCUUCUCCCGACUCUCCGCUGGGCUCCUGUUUCAGAGUAGUGGAUCCCACGCAGUUCUUGUCGGUGUGCGAGUCGAGCUCCUCCCGAGCUCCCUGCAGGUUAGCGUCAGCUUUCGUUCAUCUGUGCCAGCAGAAUUACGUUCCCCUGGAGGUCCCCGUCCAGUGCUCGAAAGUAUGAAGCUCGGACCCAUUUUUUGAAAAAGCAAACACGUUCAUUCACGUUCACGUCAUUAGGCUGCUGAAACAACACUCUAAUACCACUGCGCCACAUCAUUCACAUGCACAUGUUCUUAUUUUUAUUGUAUUUGAUACAUUAUUGUUUAGUAAUGUUUGUCCUAUGUGAACAUGUACGUACUAACUGUAGUAACUUGUUGAAACACACUCACUCACUUUAUCCAAAUCCAAAUCAUCAUAAAGACGUCCAUGACUAUUUUGUGUGCAUUUAUUACAUUUUUCUUUUUUUUUUAAAACUGCUUUAAGCUGUUUUUUAAUACAUGUUUUAUUUUAUUUUUAAUGCUCAGCCCUGGAAGAUGGGUAUGUAGUUGUGAAUCUUGGACUUCUGUCUUUGGGUGACACACUCGGCAAUCCACACGACGUUGCGACUCUCCUGCUCUUUCAGUCUGAUGUACGAAUAAAACACACCGUAGUGGAACUGCUGCAGGAAAGCAAGUGCGUUCAGCUUAACCUGAGGAAAGAUGAAAGUUAUAGGCCCCCCCUGCUGCACAUGAACUCAAUUUAUGACCUUCUUAGAUUUCCGUACAGUUAUCCUGUUCAGCACCCCCAUUGACCUGUCAAAAACCUUAACCUUGCAAGUUUCUCAUUUUGUCAAUAAAAGAUUAACUUGAAAUUAA